CUCUCUCUUUCUCUCUCUUAACCCUCUCUGAACCCUAAUCUCUCUCAACAGAUCAAAUCAACCUUCUUCAGCCCCGUUUGAUCUAAUCUCAGAGCAAUUGGUGAUUCAUCUCAGAUCCAAUCUCAGGGCUAAUGGUGAUUCAUCUUAGAUCUAAUCUCAGAGGGAUUGGCAAUUUCGAUUUUGAGAUUUCGAAACUCCACCGCCUCCAUCAUCUGCACCGGCGAGGGGAGCGAGCACCAUCGUCUACUAAGGUACUAAUAGGUGGAGGGCGAAAUCACAUAAUGGGAUUAUUUGAUAUGGUGAUGAUAAAAGAUAAUCAUAUAUUAGUAGCUGGAGGUGUCAAAGAUGCUCUUAAUUUAAACUAUUCAUCUAUCAUAUAUCAUGAAGGGACCUAUCAGGAUGCCCAUCAAGGUUCUUCAUAUCACUACCAGGAAGUCCCCUUGCAGUGAAGGUACUGAGUUUAGAAAUAUCUUGAUCUAUUGCUUGAUGUUAUUAUAGUGGUUGGUAGUUUUGAUUAAAAGAGCAUACACCGCACUUGUAACAUUUUCCAUUGGAUUGUGAAUUUGUUUCUAUGUUUAACCGUUGACCGAGGUUUCCAUGUAUUUAUGUCCUAGCUGGUUGUUUUUUUCAGUAGAUUAUUGUAAUGUUUUUGUACAUUGGUCCGUGGCAAAAAGUCCGGCUCUUAGUAGUGAGAUUAGUGAAUUUUAUGAUUUGGAUACUUUUCUUGAUUUGUAUGUUUGUGAGGUUGUUAUCAGCUUGAUAUGAUAGAAGCUGAUGAUUAAAGUUAAUAUGCAGUUGUUUGGUGUA